UCUCUCGCGAGCGACAUUUCGUUACAAAAGCUGUUGCAGAACUGAGAACAAAGUAAACAGGAAGAGAGCGGAGCUGCAGACUGCAGUGAAUGGCAUUACCCUGUCUCUAAUGCCCAUACUGUCCCCUCUGAAGGUCACACUAGAUUAAACUGAAGGACUAUGGCAGCUGCUUUCAGUUCACAAGUAGCUCUGGUUGGAAAAUGUAACCGGCUGCUUUACUCCAUGAGAUCCCACUUUCACACCAGCAAUGGCUUGUCUUCCAAGGAGCAUUAUAAAGUGGUGGUGCUCGGAGGUGGCAGUGGUGGUGUUGCGAUGGGUGCCCGUAUGAAAAGGAAAGUUGGUGCAGAACAAGUGGCUAUUGUGGAGCCCAGCGAGAUGCAUUAUUACCAGCCUAUGUGGACAUUAGUUGGUGCUGGGGCUAAAACUGUUAGUGCAUCUGGACGUUCCACUGCCAGUGUGAUGCCAUCUGGAGUCAAAUGGGUCAAGUCCAGAGCCAUGAAGUUUGACCCUAAAAACAACACUGUCUUUACAGAGUGUGGGAAAGAAAUUUCCUAUGACUACCUGAUUGUAGCACUGGGCCUCCAGCUUCAUUAUGAAAAGAUAAAAGGGCUUCCAGAAGGUUUUGAACAUCCAAAGAUUGGAUCGAAUUAUUCUGUACAAACAGUAGAGAAGACUUGGAAAGCAUUACAGAACUUCAAAGAAGGAAAUGCUGUUUUUUCCUUUCCUAACACUCCAGUGAAGUGUGCAGGAGCACCUCAGAAAAUAAUGUACCUUUCUGAUUCCUACAUGAGAAAGACAGGAAAGCGGUCAAAAGCCAACAUCAUUUACAACACAUCAUUACCUGUGUUGUUUGGAGUUAAGAAAUAUGCUGAUGCACUCUGGGAAAUUGUGAAAAGCCGUGACCUGAAUGUAAACCUCAGACACAACCUUAUAGAGGUCCGAGCAGACAAACAGGAAGCAGUUUUCGAAAAUCUUGAUAAACCUGGAGAAACGAAAGUAUAUGAGUAUGAGAUGCUCCAUGUUACCCCUCCUAUGGGACCACCAGAAGUGCUUAAGGGGUCCUCGUUGGAGGAUGAAGUUGGCUGGCUUGAUGUAAAUAAAGACACCCUUCAGCAUAAGAAAUACACUAAUGUGUUUGGAAUUGGGGACUGCACCAAUCUUCCAACAUCCAAAACUGCAGCUGCUAUAGCUGCGCAAACAGCUGUCCUUGAUAGGACCAUUACUAAAGUAAUGAAGAAUGACAAGCCUGAUAAAAAGUAUGAUGGGUACACCUCCUGCCCUUUGGUCACCAGCUAUAAGACAGUCAUUUUGGCUGAGUUUGACUACAGUUUACAACCUCUGGAAACCUUUCCAGUGGACCAGAGCAAAGAAAGCAGAAUCAUGUAUCAUAUGAAAGCUGACAUAAUGCCCCAUCUUUACUGGCAUGGACUUCUCAAGGGGAUUUGGGGAGGCCCAGGACCAUAUAGAAAAAUCAUGCAUCUUGGGAUGAAAUAGACUCUGGGUGAAAAGGGUCUAAAGGAAUAGGCUCUGCUUAUAUUAACUCUUACCUCAUUCUUCUCCACCUUGUGUGAAUAUUCCAGCCUUCAUCUCAAAUAUGUUUUCCAUAACUGGUAUGAUUAGAUGCAACAAAAAAAGUUGCAAUUUUCCUAGAUUAUUUUAGUUCCGGCAAAACAAGAUACAUAUGAUACAUUUUAGACAUUUUUGCUAAGUUUGGUUUAUUUCACUUUUUUUUUUUUUAAACAGACGGGUAUAUUCUAGAAACACCAUAAGUGUUGCUUAUUUUUACUCUUUUAAAAGACAAUAUUAUAGUACUAUUGCUUCUAUUUCCAGUAUGAAUAUUUACUGUAAAUAGUUUUUUUGGUGCUUUUUUUAUGAAAUUGAGGUGAUGUUCCCGGGAUGCAUUGCUUGAUCAGGAGAUAUAAUUUGGAUUUUUAGCAUUGCUUGUUAGAUGUUUAGAAACUGCCUCAAAGGACAAUUUGUAUUGAGGCCUUUAUUUAUCUAAUCAAAUUUUAGAAACCAUUAUUUUAUUCCCACUAG